AUGCUAACUUUCUUCUUGCUUAGUGUGUUCCGCUACCUUCGCUUGAUCGUCAACAUCAUUGCCUUCUCUAACCUCAAGGGUCACCCUAUCAAAAAGAACCCUACCUUCAAGUCGACUGAUGUUUCUGUUGUCGUUCCCACUGUGUUCGCCGACAAGAAUGAGGUUAUGGCCUGUCUCAAACGCAUUCGUGUCUGCAACCCUCUUCAGCUCAUCGUUGUCACCAAGGACGAGCUUGUUCCUGAUGUUUAUGCUGCUUGCGCUGAAGUUACUGCUGGUGCUGAAUCUGAUGACGAGAAGCUCGACAUGGUUCAAGUCAUUGGAGUCGCCAAACUCAACAAGAGAACUCAAAUGGUUGCAGCUCUUCAACAGGCUGUUACUGGUUCCAUUGUCGCCUUUGCUGAUGAUGAUGUCUUUUGGCCUGGUAGUGACUUCAUCACCGCCAUGUUGGCAUGCUUUGAAAAUCCUGAGGUUGGUGCUUGUGGUCCUUCUCAAAGAGUCUGUCGCUCAACCGACCUUGACAAACCUACUACUUUUACGAAUUUCUUGGGUAUCUGCUACCUUGAACGCCGCAACUUCAACACUGGUGCUACGAACUUGAUUGACGGCGCUGUUUCCACACUCUCUGGUCGUACCAGCUUCUACCGUGCCUCUCUGAUCCAGAAUGAUGCAUUCAUGAAUUUCUUUUUGAAUGCGCUCAAUCACGAUGACGAUAAGAACUUGACAAGGUGGGUUUAUGAUCAGGGCUACCAGAUUACCCUCAACUUCAAUCCUGCGGCUCGUAUCAUGACUACGCUUGAAACUUCACCCAGAAUGUUCCUCAAUCAAUGCAUGCGCUGGGCUCGUGGUCGUGGAAAUUUUCGUGUCAUGCAGACUACAACUUACUGGUAUGACACUCACAUGUGGAGUCUCUACGCAAUCUACAUCGGCCAGUUCCAAACUCCUGCCUUCCUGAUUGACGGCUCUCUUCUCACUCUUCUCUACCGUGGUAUGGCUGAUUAUGACACCUACACUCGCAACUCUGCUGUUCUCGCUCUCAUCGCCUGGAUUUUCUUCACCAAGAUUGUCAAGAUUAUCCCUCACUUCUGCGAAUUCCCUCAGGACAUCAAGUUCAUUCCCGGUAUGAUCUGCUUCAGCUACUUCCACGGCCUUCUCAACAUCUAUGCUCUCAUCACUAGAGACAACAAGGUCUGGGGUCGCUAA